AUGUCGACGACCGCGACAUCCCUCGUUCCCUCUCCUUCUUUGAGGUCUAGCUACAAUCCUGCCCUUCAGAACGCCCAAAGGGCCGUGUCUCAAGUCACAACUGCCGUCACAAGUGCCCCUAGCCAUGUCUCUGGAAAAGCGCAGAAUCUCAACCUGUCGCUUUCAAAGUCUUCGCCCAAACCUGUCGACAUCCCAACUCCUCCGUCUACUCCUGGAAAGUUUAGACACCCAAUGACAACAGAGAUAUUGAAGAGGAAUGCUGCUACAGCACUUACGGAUAGAAGUGUCAAGGGUGCCGUGACCAAUGCCGCUGCGCUACUAUCCACAUUCAUAUUCAGUGAUGUCUACUACAGCAGUGUUCCUCCUCUGCUCAAGUCCAGCGGUAUUGCCGACCCCUCUCAGAUUACCUGGGCCGCCCUUUUCACCGUCCGCCUUCUCUUCUGCUUGAACAUAAUCCUUCUCCUCCGACCUGUCAUGCCCUACAUAUCCAAGAAGGACCAAAUCACAGAUAUCCCGUUGACUCCCUCUCAACGGUCCCUCUUGGGCCUCCAUCCGUCCCUUCACACAACGCAAAGUCCGGCUGGCUCAGCUGCUAGUUAUAUCACUCCUCCGCGCUACCGGCGCCUUUCUGGCUCCUUUGGCGGCAGUCCCGCAAUGGGCUCUCCGGUCGGUUAUGGUUCUGCUUCCACCGACCGUCGCAGCAUUUCAGCCAACUACUCCUCAUCCCCUCUAUCUACAUCCCGCUACACUGUCGGCUUCUCACCCACCCCUUCACAAUCCUUACGCCGUACGGUCUCUGGUUCACCAUUUUCACCAUCUCCGACUGCGAGCCCACUUUUCCACAAAGCUGUGAGCCAGAACCAGUCCUCGCAAAUCCCAGAUAACGAGUUUGCCACCAGCUCUCGUUCUUCGUUUGGAGCAAUCGGUGGCGGUAACACGGGCCUCAGUCGAUCACAGAGCAUGCGUGAAAGGAGACCAACACGCGAGAGCCUCGAGCCGAAUUCUCCGUCUCCCACGAGACCCUCACAGCCCGUUCCAGGAUUGAAUUAUAAAUGGUUGUAUGACAAGGGUAGGAAAUUGCCGAAGAGCGACUCUUUUGGCACAUUCUGA